AUGUCGAAAGAUAUUGCUUCCAUGAGAGAAAUACAACACAACCGACAACUCAUUAUGCAAGCUCUAAAUAAGAACACAACAAACUUUUCAAACUAUUCUAAGAUAUCUGAGUCAUUGAAAGAAGGAAACUUAAAACUGACAUUAAACCCAAUGACAGAUGAGUUUCUAUUUCAAGACAAGAAGAACAAUACUGUCUGUAUAAAUCCAACAAAAGGAACUUUAAACGAGAAACCUAUAAAUGAACUUCUUUUGAAAGCAGAUGUUGACAACAAAGCUGACAAAGAAUAUGUAGACGAUGCAAUAGCAAAAGAAGAAGAAAGAGCUAACAAUGCUUAUGCAACAAAAGAACAUACUCAUCCUGAACUAGCAGACAAAACAUAUGUUGACAAUAAAAUGUCAAGUGAAGUGACAAGAGCUGAAAACGAAUAUUCUAAAAAGACUCAUACACAUUCUAUAUCUGAAAUAACAGACUUAAACGUUAGCCUUGAAAAUAAGGUAGAUAAGGGACUUAUGGCUAGUGUGUUAGUGAAGAAGGCGGAUAAGGAAUAUGUGGAUGAAAAAGAUAAAGAAAUUAUAGAAAGGGCUGAAUGGUACCAUGAACGGACAUCAAAGAUUUUAAAAACUAAAGCCGAUACAGGAUGGGUUUCAGGAUGUUUAGACCUUAAAGCAGAUAAAACUUAUGUUAACGAUGAGUUAGAGAAGAAAGCAGAUAAGACUCAUACACAUACAAGUUUUACAACCUUUACAGCAGAUGAUAUUACACUAAACACAACCUUGCCAAGUAAAGGUCCAACAAUACCACCGGCAACAAGUCUUGUAGAUACUUUGAUAUCUAAUGACAAUAGUAUUAUGCAUCUAAGACAGGAACUCAAUGUGCUUAAACAAAUUUUGCCGAAUCUUAUGUACCCGGUUGGCUCAUUAUAUGUUUCAAUGAACUCUACCAGACCAGAAACAGUUCUGGGUUUUGGAACUUGGACUCAAAUAGUCGACAGGUUUUUGUAUUGUGCAAACUCUUCAAAGGAAACAGGUGGAAGUAAAACGAUUUCAGGUGAAAAUUUACCUGCACAUAGUCACUACAUAGAUUUAAGUACAUCUCAAGCAGGUUGGCAUAAGCAUAGAUAUUGGGAUUGGUCAGCAAUGACAAAAGGUAAAGGAUAUGAUGUUAAAGACAACGUUCAGUUUGCCAUAAAUUGUUACUGGAGUAACACUGAGGGAGGAGGAAACCAUACACAUCGCGUUUCGGGAUAUACGCAAACAACGGGACAAAGUAAAGAAUACAUGCCACCUUACAUGACAGUUUACGCAUGGUAUAGAAAUGCUUAG